AAACGACAGCUUUCCAUGACCCUUCGGGGUGGGCGGACAGCUGAAAAAAGUCCCGGAGACCAUUCAGAACCCAUCACUUUGGAGGACAAUGGCAGCAGUGAUAAUGAGAUUGUACAUGAAGACCUAAAGAUGGGUUCGGAUGGAGAGAGUGACCAAGCAUCUGGCUCUUCAGAUGAGGUUCAGUCACCGGUGCGAGUGAGGAUGAGAAACAAUGCAGCUCGUAAAAUAUCCACAGAGGAUAUUAAUAAGCGUCUGUCCCUCCCAGCGGAUAUUCGUCUUCCUGAGGGUUACCUGGAGAAGCUGGCUCUCAGUAGCCCUCCGUUUGACAAGCCCCUGAGUAGGCGAUUAAGACGA